UUAUUGCUGGCCAUUUUUUCAUCUCUGGGCAAUAUUCUAAUCCCGAUUGCUCUUCAUAAAGAGACACCUCUUCACGCGCCGUCCAAACUGUUUCUCCGAUCCCUGGCUACAACUGAUCUCCUUGUUGGUGUCAUUUCGGAGCCUCCAACCAUCACCUACUGGAUUUCAGCGAUGAGAAAACGGUGGAAUGAAUGUUAUAACACGUUUUCCACCAGUAUCAUUGCGGGGUAUCUCCUCUGCGGCAUGUCUUUGUUAACAACGACUGCAAUAAGCGUGGACAGACUUCUUGUUUUGUCAUUAAGGGUAAGAUAUAAAAAAAUUGUGACUCUG